CGAAAUCCCUCUCAGCCUUCUUCUUCUUUUCCUUCUCCUUCCGCUCAAAACCCACAGUCCCACCUCCCUUAUCAACAAUGGCAACUCUCACGCACCCACCAAUAGUCCCCACCUUCUCCAUCAGAAGCCGACCCGUUUUAUCAACCCGCUUCUCCUCCAAAACCCCUUACCCUCUCCAAUACGACAUGAUCAUCAGCCGCCCGACCCAAUCCUCCGUGAACCCACCUCGCCGCCGGCCGCUACAACAUCCCACUCGAGCCGCCGCCGAAGACGACCCAGUCUCCGCUCCGAGUCCCGACCCGGAAUCGGGAUUUGACGACUGGGUCGAUCAGAAGCUGUCGUCGGAGAUGGAUAAGUCGAAGCGGAAGUAUUAUAACAAGAGGAGGAAGAGAAUGUACGGAACGGAUUCCGACGAGGAGGCGAGUAGAAAAGCCGGCGAGGAAGGUUUCGUGGAGUUGAAGCCCGAGGUGGUGGAGUUUCAUCGGUUGCACAAGAGAGAAGAGGAGCUAUACUUCUUCGACGCGAUGGCUUAUCCGUGGGAGAAGGAUAAGCAUUACAAGAUGGUUUAUCAGUUGGAGAAGAAGUAUUUUCCUGAUCAGUGCCUCGACAAGGCUUUUAUGGAUCCCAAGGACUCGAAAACAAGCAGUAAGAGUAAGAAGGGAAGAGUAAAGAGUGAUGUGUCAGCAGCCAUUGGAGCAGGUGAUGGAGGAGAUGAGAAGUUAGUGUUUUUUGAGGAGGGGAAGAAAGGAGAAAUGAAGAGUGGUUCAGCUGGGGAUGUGGUGAAUGAGAAUGUUACGCACAAGAAAGUGGCUGAUUUCUUCAAGGUGUUGAAGAAGGGUUCUGGGAGUAAUGAGGGGGAAGUUGGGAACGCAGAGCCGUUUCUUGCUAGUAGGAGCAAUGGGCUUCCUCCCACCUGGGAUGGUCCUUAUGGCACUGUGGUUUUGGUUAACAAGCCGAAAGGGUGGACUUCAUUUACAGUAUGUGGGAAGCUCCGUCGUCUGGUCAAAGUGAAAAAGGUUGGGCAUGCUGGAACUCUUGAUCCAAUGGCGACUGGUUUGUUGAUUGUAUGUGUUGGCAAAGCGACUAAAGUAGUAGAUAGCUACCAAGGUAUGGUCAAGGGAUACAGUGGAGUUUUUCGCCUGGGAGAAGCUACUUCAACCUGGGAUGCUGAUUCUCCCGUUAUUCAACGCGAGCCUUGGGAGCACAUCAAAGACAACGACAUUAAGAAAACUGCUGCUUCAUUUGUUGGGGAGAUAUGGCAAGUUCCUCCAAUGUUCUCAGCCAUCAAAGUAGGAGGGGAAAAGAUGUAUGAUAAAGCCAGAAGAGGAGAAAGUGUCGAGCUUGCGCCAAGAAGAAUCUCAAUCUUCCAGUUUGACAUUGAAAGGAGCCUAGAGGACAGACAAAAUCUGAUUUUCAGGGUGACGUGCUCGAAAGGGACAUACAUUCGAUCAUUAUGUGCAGACUUAGGGAAGGCUCUUGGCAGUUGUGCUCACUUAACUGCUCUUCGAAGAGAUUCAAUAGGAGAAUAUGUGGCAGAUGAUGCGUGGGAAUUUAAGGAGCUGGAAGAUGCGAUCGCCAAAUCAUAUUUCUAACUGCACCUUUGAGUAUUUAUGGCCCUCAGUCAUUAACAUCAUGAAGACUGCCACCCCGCCAAAAUAUCCUCCGAAUUCUGAUACUCGAAUAAGUUUUCCAAGUACCCAGGCAGCGAGAAUGAGAGUGAUAAUUUUUGUGAUCUGUAAUCUGUAUAUUGUAGCUGAAAUUUUGCGCCAUUUCCUUUUUUUUUUUUAAUUUAUAGGUCCAUAUUGUAUACAUAAUUUGCAAUAUGUAUCCAUUUCUCAUUUCAUGAAUUGCCUGCACAAUGCCAUUAGCAUUAGGAAUCGGAAUAUUGUCUGCUCAACUUGGAUUGUCUGUUCAACUUUGGCAGUUGCCUGCAGCUAAUGGUAUUGCACAAUGCCAUUAGCAUUAGGAAUCGGAGUAUUGUCUGCUCAACUUGGAUUGUCUGUUCAACUUGGAUUGUCUGUUCAACUUUGGCAGUUGCCUGCAGCAUGGUAUUGAAGUAAACUAUUGGGCCAUUGGACCGUUGAGCCUGGACUAAAGAAGCAUACUGAACAGCAAUGAGGAGAAAAAACCGAUUACAUAACUCUUCUCGAUGAAAAAGAUGCAGACGUGAGCACUUUUAAGCCUUUUCUAAAAAGAACUGUGUUAAAAAGUAGGCAAAAUACAGUUCCAUAGCCAAAACUUUCACGUUUGUGCCAAUAAUAGCCACAUUUGACGAAAUACCACUUAUAGCCACCUCCGUCCAAUUCUUUAACGCUGUUAACGUUAAGUGUGACUAGGCAAGCGGAGCAGCUUACGUGGACCGCCAGUGAUUUCCACGUGGACAAUAAUUAAAAAAAAAAACAAACAAAACACGAAGCAGCCUACCCACCAACCAUUUUGUCGACUCUUCCUCUUUCCUUAUCUUCUUUCUCUGAAAUAAACACCAAUAAACAAAAAAAAAAACCAUUUGCUUCCAUGCCUCUUCUUCUCCCAAAGCAACCCACCUCCCUCUUUGUAAUCUUUUCUAUCUAUUUGCCCUCCUCAUAUCACCAUCGACUGCAAUAAUCAGUCGGAUCUCCAGUAAGCGGUCCGCCAUAGUUUUGUCUAUCUCUCUCGAUCGAGACAGCAAACAGAGAGAGAGAAGGAGGACGGGAGCGGCAGCGGCGGUGGGGAAAGGCAACAACGAUCGAGCGAUUUGCUUCUCUCCGUCCACGGAUGACGGACGAAGGUUGUCCUCGACGUCGCCGUCAUCGCCAGAAGGAAGAUUGAACAGGACGGAGGAGAAAGGGGAAGCGAAUUUCUGGUUCCCAGUUCCAGAUCCGUAUCUUUGCCAGACAUGUGGUUGAGCUUGUCGUGGAGGAGGAGGGAUGACUGUGCGGGGUGAGGAGGAGCCACAAGGGAAACGUGGGAUUGGAUUGUUGGGGACGAGUGGAGGUACAGGGGAAGUGAGGAUUUGGAUGACUUUUGGGGAAGAUUUUUGUGGGAUUUGAAGAGGAAGAAGACGGAAUAGAUUGGGUCAAGUAUGGAGAGAGACGGCGACAAUUGUAAGAGAUAGAACACCAGAUUUGGUGUUAGGGUUUUUUUUUUUUUUUGAAACAGUGUUAGGGUUUUUUUUAAUUGGGGCUGAAGGACUCGCUUCGAUGGAAAUGGGAAUAUAUGGUAAGAUUUUUUUUUUUAAUAAUGUAAUAUAUGAUGU